AUGGUAGAAAAAGCGACAUAUGGGCCAGGAUGCACUCGCUGCACCAUAGUCGAGCCCUGUAAGGCAAACAGUGCCAGGUCGUACGUGGGAAAUUCCCUUGCCGAGCGGCAAGCAUUGUACUCUGAAUCUGUAAAGGAUCCUGCUGUGUUCUGGAGCCGGAUUGCGGCCGAUAACUUUUACUGGGAAAAGUUGUGGCCCGCGGAUAAGCCUGUACUGGAGUACAAUUACCACAGGAGCAGAGGAAAAGUUUUUGUGAGGUGGUUUGAUGGCGCGAUAACCAACAUGUGCUACAACGCCCUUGAUCGCCACCUCCCGCAGCACAAGAGCCGCGUGUGUUACUACUGGGAGGGUAAUGCGGAGGGGGAGAGCAGCACUGUGACGUACGGUGAAAUGCAUGAGGCUGUUCUGCAGCUGGCAGCUGUGCUGCGGCACCAGUACGGCAUCCGUAAGGGCCACGUGGUCACUCUGUACCUCCCAAUGGUUCCCU